CGUUGGAGAAACGCAGAUGCUCCGGAGUUACCCUUUGGAGAAAGGCAGAUGCAUGUUUUCUGUCCGCUGGCAGCGGCUUGGGCUCUUUUGUAGGGCUCAUGAUCUAGGAAAUGAGGCGUCAUGGCAGCACACGUUCGGUUAAACUUGGGAAGACGUUGCGUUUUCUUUUUUCUUCGUUGCUUUCUAUUAUUUAGCACAAUUCAGGACUGGGGUGAAGAGGUAGAAGAGGGAGCUGUUUACCAUGUCACCCUGAAAAGAGUGCAGAUUCAGCAGGCUGCCAACAAAGGAGCAAGAUGGCUUGGGGUUGAAGGGGACCAAUUACCUCCAGAGCAUACUGUCAGCCAGUAUGAAACUUGCAAGAUAAGGACUAUAAAAGCUGGAACUUUGGAGAAACUCGUGGAGAACCUUCUGACAGCUUUUGGGGACAAUGAUUUUACCUACAUCAGUAUCUUCCUCUCAACAUACAGGGCUUUUGCUUCUACCGAGGAAGUACUGGAACUUCUCCUUGACAGGUAUGGAAACCUGGAGACCUCAAGCUGUGAAGAAGUUAGAAGCCAGAAUUCCUCUGAAUCCAAAACAGUACUCAGGAUUGCAAUAGCAUCGAUCGUACGAGCCUGGCUCGAUCAGUGCUCUGAAGAUUUCAGAGAGCCACCCAACUAUUCGUGUUUGCUGAAGUUGCUGGAUUACCUGAAGAGGAAUAUACCUGGCUCUGACCCAGAGAGGAGGGCGCAGAACCUCUUGGAGCAGUUCCAGAGCCAAGAAGUGGAAAGUGAUGAUGGGUUCCAUAACAUUUCUUCCUGUAACCUGUACGAUGAAGAGGAACUGGAGCUCAGCAGUCCAGAGGAAUUCUCGUCUUUCCAAGAAGACCUUGUAGCAGAACAGUUGACGUACAUGGAUGCAAAACUCUUCAAGAAAGUUGUGCCCCACCACUGUUUGGGAUGCAUCUGGUCUCGAAGAGAUAAGAAAGAAAACAAGCACUUGGCACCUACCAUCAGAGCCACCAUCUCUCAGUUCAAUACAGUCACCAAAUGUGUGGUCAGCACGAUCCUGAAGAGCAAGGAACUCAAAACACAGCAGAGAGCCAAAAUCAUUGAGAAGUGGAUUCAUAUUGCACAUGAAUGUAGGAUCCUGAAGAACUUUUCCUCCUUGAGGGCCAUCAUAUCAGCACUGCAGUCCAACUCCAUCUAUCGGCUAAAGAAGACGUGGGCGUGUGUUCCGAAGGACAUAAUAUUGAUGUUUGAAGAGCUGUCUGAUAUCUUCUCAGAUCAUGACAACUAUUUGACAAGUAGGGAACUGCUAAUGAAGGAAGGAACAUCCAAAUUUGCGAAUCUGGACAGCAGUGUGAAAGAAAAUCAGAAAAGGACACAGAGGCGACUGCAGAUUCAAAAAGAUAUGGGGCUAAUGCAAGGCACGGUACCUUACCUUGGUACCUUCCUCACUGAUCUCAUCAUGCUCGACACAGCCCUUCAGGACUAUAUCGAGGGUGGCCUCAUAAAUUUUGAGAAGAGGCGAAGGGAAUUUGAAGUAAUUGCACAAAUUAAGCUCUUGCAAUCUGCAUGUAACAGCUAUUGCAUGACACCAGACCAAAAAUUCAUCCUGUGGUUCAGGAGACAGCAGCAUUUAACUGAGGAGGAGAGUUACAGCCUUUCAUGUGAGGCUGAAGCAGCUGCCGACACCAGCGCCACAUCACCGAAGUCUCGGAAGAGCAUGGUGAAGCGGUUCAGCCUACUGUUUCUAGGCUCCGAGGUGAUCACCCCUAGUACACCUAGCAAAGAAGAACCCAAAUCUUCUACUCCAGUUGGGAGUUCUGGUGAAAGCACAGACUCAGCCAGCGUCUCAUCCUGUGAGUUUAAUCACUCUGAAUCUGAAGACGUCUGCAUCAGUCCCAUUGGCACGCCAGACAACACUCAGAAGAAGCUCUCGGAAUCCUCCUCCUCUUCCUCCUCCUGCUUCUCCACCACUCAUUCUAUGGACACAUCUUCCUCGGGGAUGUCAUCUCUAACUUUAUCCCCUCCCUUGCUGCCCUCCAACGAGUGCUCCAUCACCAUGACAUCCGCUACCUCAAAAGCACUGCCUCCUGUUUACAACCAGCAGAACAAAGACACCUGCAUCAUCCGCAUCAGCAUAGAAGACAACAACGGCAACAUGUACAAGAGCAUCCUGCUAACCAGCCAAGACAAAGCUCCUGCUGUCAUCCAGAGAGCUAUGUUGAAGCACAACCUGGAAUCUGAUGCAGCUGAGGAUUAUGAGCUGGUACAGGUCAUCUCUGAGAACAAAGAGCUGGUGAUCCCGGCCAACGCCAACGUCUUCUAUGCCAUGAACAGCCACGUGAACUUCGAUUUCAUCCUGCGGAAAAAAGCUUCAGUGAAGGAGCAGGUGACAAUGAGGAGCCGCUGCAGCCUGACGCUGCCCAGAACUGCCAAACGUGGCUGCUGGAGCAACAGGCACAGCAAAACCGCCCUGUGAGGGGCAGCCGUGGGCAGCGCGGGCUGGGAGCUGCACCUCCGCUACCAUCCAGUGUUACAGCAGGUGAAUGUGUCAGUAUUCAACUGGGAGAAUAUUUGAGGCUGCAGUGCAAGGUGAGCAGUGGGUAGACCUUGGGCCAGAGGGUCUCUACUCCCUUGAUGCAGGAUAUGGACAGGUGGACACAGACUUUGGAGACAGCUGGGACUGGAACUUGUCUGUUUUGCACAUUGGCUGAAGAAGGCGAGCGCCCCGGGUAGAGGGGAAAAGGGGAUGGCGACGUCUGUCUUAACACCACACAAGCCAACUCGUUUUUGUGAGAAAACAGUUUCCUUUGUGCCAGUAUUACACAGAAGAAGGUCUAAAUUUAUUUUUAUAAAACUGGAGAAGAAGAGCUGUGGAAUCCAAGGCUGCUGCCUCCAGCACGGGGCGGGUACGGCCCCACAGUGCUCAGGCGGCGCAAGCUGCACGCGUGGGCACUGCGGUCACACAGCUGGCAACCUUCUUUUUGCACUUGUUCAUUGCCAGAAAAUUACCUGUUUUGGAUUUCUCGUUUUUUUUUUGGCCUCCAAAGAACUUUAGAAGAAUGGACUGCACUUGCUUUCAGAUGAAUGUCACGGUUUGCACAUGAACAGAGCAAACACUACUUCUCUAGACUUAGGUCGUGUCUUAAUGCCACUCCUGGGUGGUUUUCCUUCUCCUUUGCUAACCCUUGGAGCAGAAAUCAAUGCCUUUUGCGUGUACUCUGGAAUGACUGAUGUACCUCUUUGUCAUGUGCAAUCACUUUUCAGGAGCAGAACUUCUAACUCACAUUUUCAUUAAUGAGGGGCAACUACACGAGCUUUUAUUUUCGGAGUGGGUGUGGAGAGGAGAGAGCCAGGUUUUACACAUUACCCCAACCCACCAGAGAUCUUAUACACUUGUAGCAUUGUUAUAUAUGUCUAUUAAAUGAAUUUCCUGACAGGGUACAGCCUUUCAGCUGGACUAAAGGAUUCAGCUGGAAUAAAGAAUUUAAUAAUCUGUUCUUUGUGAAGUUUUUAAAUGUUAAAAGAAAGGAGAGUUAGAGAUUUUAUUUUAAAAAGCCAUAAAAGAGACAUUGGAUUGUAAACAGCCAUUACUGAAAGGGCUGUCUUGGAGAUAGGUUAGUAGCAGUUAAAAAAAGCCUUAAGACUAUAUCUUAUCCACGUCUGGGCCUUUUAUCCCCCCAGUUCUGUAGCACUAAUUUUCACAGCUGGGCUCAGAUUGCAUUAACGACCGGUGAUAAAUGUGCCAUGCAAACCAGGGUGGGUUGUACUAUGGUUUUACACAGAUUUAUCACCUCUGUUUACAAGUAGCAGCAAGUAGGUCCUACAUUAGUUAAAAACUCCACUUGCAGUUUCAUUGUGAGGGUGAAGGCUGUGAGUUUGUAACUGAGCCUCAACCUUUGCCCAAAGUUAGGGCAAGAUUACAAGAAGUUCAGUUUUCGUUGCAUUUCAGCGUAAGCGUUCAUUGGUGUCUGUGUGGGAGCAGCUGUUGUAGUGUUCACUCAGAGGUUGUAUGUCUGGAUUAAGCUGAAAGGUGAAUGUUCUUGAUUUUUAAAAGGUUAUAUAUGAAAUAGAUUUUUUUAAUUGCUUCUCUGUAAUCUUUCUACCAUAAGUAUAUAAACUUUUUUUCCACUAAUAUUUGCCUGGAGUUAAUCUACUUCCUACUGUUAGACUUUAUUACUGUGAGUUGUGGGGUUUUUACAUCUCACACCUUUCUCCCUCACUUUUACUGUUUCAGCUGUUCUCAGCUUCUUCCAGCUCCCUCAACUCUCCUUCCCAGCCACCCAGAGCUUUCAGUUUAAUGAUUUCUGUUGCAACUAAUGGGGUAACUUAUACACAAAUUUUAUAACUUCUUCAUGAAAUCAUUCUCUUGGGCCACUAAAUGAGUUCUGCAACAAGUUAAUA